AUUUGCAAACCUCAGCUGUGUCAGGGGGGCAGGGCCCCAGUGGAGCUGCCAAUAGCUGAAAGAAAGGCUUCCAAGUCAAAGCACAGCACCAGAGGUGAGGAAACAGUGGUAGAUCAAGCUGGGAUGUGACAGGCACCAGAAGGUUACCACCCCAAAGAACUCUGAGGAUUCUUUCAUUGGUAUAUGUCCAGUGCUUUAACACCUAAGUCACAUCUGACAACAGGUACUUCACAAGAUUUUUACCCCCAAAGGACCAGAAACAUGCACUGUGUCAUCCAAAAGGCAGAAGUGCUAGAUGGAGCUCAUUUGAUGCAAAUCCUCUGGCAUGAUGGUGCAGAGUCGCUUUACCCUGCUGUUUGGUUGAGAGACAAUUGUCAGUGCCCUGAUUGUUAUCUGGAUUCUGCAAAAGCACGAAAACUUCUCUUUGAAGCUCUGGAUGUGAAUAUUGGUAUUAAAGGCUUGACAUAUGAUAAAAAAAAGGUUCAUAUCACAUGGCCAAAUGAACAUUACAGUGAAUUUGAAGCUGAAUGGCUGAAGAAAAGAUGCUUUUCACAGAAGGCUAGAGAGAAGAUGCAAAGAGAAAUGUUUCUUCCAGAAUGUCAAUACUGGGGUUCAGAGCUCCAGUUACCUACUCUGGAUUUUGAAGAUGUUCUGAGAAACAAUGAACAUGCAUUCAAGUGGCUCUUCAGCCUCAAGAAAGUAGGCAUAGUGAGGCUAACAGGAGCAUCUGACAAGCGAGGAGAAAUUUUAAAACUUGGGAAAAGGAUUGGUUUCCUUUAUCUCACAUUUUAUGGACAUACUUGGCAAGUGCAAGACAAAAUAGAUGCAAACAAUGUGGCUUACACAACCGGGAAGCUAAGCUUUCACACAGAUUAUCCAGCUCUCCAUCAUCCACCUGGGGUCCAGCUUCUUCAUUGCAUCAAACAAACGGUCACUGGGGGUGAUACAGAAAUUGUAGAUGGAUUUAACAUAUGUCUAAGACUCAAGGAAAAAAAUCCUCAAGCAUUUCAGAUUUUGUCCUCCACCUUUGUGGACUUCACAGACAUUGGAGUAGAUUACUGUGAUUUCUCUGUGCAAUCCAAACACAAAAUUAUAGAAUUGGAUGAUAAAGGCGAAGUGGUUCGCAUUAACUUCAAUAAUGCAACUAGAGAUACUAUCUUUGAUGUACCUGUUGAAAGAGUUCAGCCUUUUUAUGCUGCUCUGAAAGACUUUGUUGACCUAAUGAACUGCAAAGAAUAUAAGUUUACUUUCAAGAUGAAUCCAGGUGAUGUGAUUACUUUUGACAACUGGCGCUUACUUCAUGGUCGAUGUAGCUAUGAAGCAGGAACUGAGAUAUCACGCCAUCUAGAAGGAGCUUAUGCUGAUUGGGAUGUAGUAAUGUCAAGGCUUCGUAUAUUAAAACAGAGUGUGGAGAAUAAAAUCUAAAGCUCCUAGCUCUACUUUCAGUAAGGUUCCAAUGAAUGUAUUUUGUAAGAUACAGCAAGGUCAUUUCAAUGCCAUUUGUGUAUUAAAUUCUUUUACAUUAUAUAUGCUACUUUUCUUACAAGAGUUUUCUUUACAUCAUAAGAAAGUGCAAGCUUCUUAGAUUUUGGAGCAGGGUAGUCUCUUUUCCAAAUAAAGCAUUCCAUCUGUUCUACUGCAUGCAUGGUUGCAUUCCUUUUACCAUGUAGGAGAGUCUCAGGGAUGCCUAAAGUUUUGCAUUAAAUAAAAUUUUUUUUCAAGUAAA